UGUCUUCAACCACCAUCGACAUGUACCACACAUUGCUACUGAGUUGCACCUUAGUGGUCGUCGCCAGGUCCGCGGCAGUAGCCCCUGUUGCUGCCCCCGCCUAUAGCGCCAUCCCCAAUUACCAAGCAGCCGCCCCCACGUACCAAGCCGCCCCCAGAGUAGAGGAGUACGACCCUCAUCCCCAGUACACCUUCACCUACCACGUAGAGGACCAACACACCGGCGACUCUAAAACCCAGAGCGAGAGACGCGACGGAGACGUCGUCCAGGGAGCUUACAGUUUGAUAGAGCCCGAUGGUAGUCGCAGGACCGUAGAGUACACCGCCGACGCUCAAAACGGGUUCAACGCCGUCGUCCACCGUGAGCCAGCACGUCACCCCGCCCCCGCAGCUGCCCCCGCUAGGGUCGCCGCCCCCGUGUACGUCGCCGCUGCCCCCACAGUCGCUGCCCCAGCAGCCCAGUACGUUGCAUCAGCACCUUAAUACACAUCAAGUCGCCAGUCCUACUGAGGUGUACAUAUGACUAGUAUCCAUCUUUAAAUUAUUUCUAGGGAAAUUGUUUGUAAUCUUAUAAAGCUAUGUGAUAAUUUACUAUUUUAAAUACAAUCAUGCUGUAUU